AUGAUGACGAGACCGACGAUGGUUGUUGUCCAAAAUCAAUGCAUGGGCUCGCCAACGUCGUGCCAAGCGUUUUCAACAACAUUUCCCCCCUCGGAUUCAAACGUUGCCGCGGCAUCAGCAUCCACUGCCAAGGGUUGCAUCUCCCUCACAUCAAGUCGGUCAACGGCAUGUAGCAGACCGUGGUCGAUGUGUCACCAAGAGGCUUCAGCACUGUUCACGCCCAACAAAGCAAGCCCAGAGGGCUCGUUGCCUCCGUACGUUGUACAUGGGAGUCCAGCGCGGCUAUGGAAAGACUCUGGGGGUCCCCCUGCACGGGACACAGGGGGCCAUUUUCCUCACGGAAAUUACAUUUCCGCUGGGUCCUGUAUUUCACCAUACCUACCGGCUGAAGACACCAAUGGAGCGUGCAGGACGCAUAUUGUCCAGCAAAAGUCCCUACAUGGCAAAUCUUUACCAAUCACUUCUCAUACGUCAUACAUUAAGGGGGAUUCAUCAGUAGUGGACAGGAGAGUAGUGCCAGACGAGGCUCCUGCCCCACCCAUUCAGCGUGCUGAACCCCCCGUAUUGUUUAGUACUUUCUUCGACAGGCUUCAGCUCGGUCAGAUUGUUGCAGCAAAAGAUAAAAUCCUGCAAAAUGUAAAGGGUCAUAAUACAGAAGGGUUGCCAAGCUUUGAACCGUCACCAAAUUCCAGCAGGUCUGCGAAUGGGUUAAGUCGUGUGGACACCACAAUGCAGCUGUUGGGAUCUGUUGACCUACGUGGUCUGUACCACCGCUAUCAGAAGAGCACAGAAGGGCGCAUCUCAAUAAGCGACAGGGAUACAUCGGCAUCACAAGGCACAGCAGAGCCAUCACCUUCCGGAUCUGAUUCGGAGGCAGAGCCUCAUGUGCCACAGGACAAGGUCUUCCGUACUGAAGCAGCAGCCAGGCUGGCUGAAUCGCGAUCAUCAGCAAAGGCCCAUUCUCUUGCAGUUCCGUCUGUGGGAUUCCGCGUCAUGGGCUUAUGGCCAAAACAUGCUGAACGACAGCACGCAACCUGUCGUCAGGUAGCAGCGAAGUCGGUAGCGCAGCCGAGGCAAUCAAGGCCAACAACCCGCCGGAUGUGCAGAAUGACCUACCGGCGUAGAGGUGACGCAGUGAGCCCCUCUCCAGAGCUACCUCGUCAAAUGCUUAGCGAAAUCGCACCAGAAGGGUCGUACACGCACAUGAUUCCAGUGUCGGGAAAUGGCAAUAUGAAAGGGCUCGUGACUUGUUCUCCUUAUUCUUGGUCUAGCAAAGGGCGCUCCCAGGACAGCGUGUCGGCCCGUGUCAUAGAGGGGAUAAGCUACCGCUACUUUGUGUUUAACCUUCCUGAGAAUGAGGUAAUAAGCAAUACCGAUUUUACGCUAACCUCGUGCAUUAGCCAGGGGAGCUUCGGCACUGUGUAUAAGGCCGUCUGGAAGGGGGAGGUAGUGGCUGUGAAGCGGGCCCAUGGCAAAAUGACACUGGAGGCCAUGCGAUCUGUUGCAAGAGAGAUAAACUCAUACCGCAUGGUUCGGCACCCCUUUAUAGUCCGGUAUCACGGAGUCUGUCUUGAUGAUAACUUUGUUGGUCUCGUCACUGAAUAUCUGGAUGGGGGCAACAUCUUUGAUAUUCUCUAUGAGAACAAGGUGACCAUUACUGCCGCUACACGGUUGAAGAUGUGCAAGCAGCUUCUAGAGGCAGUCCAUUUCUUGCACACAGAGAAACGCCUUGUCCACAGAGAUCUCAAGACUGCUAAUCUCGUUGUAGACCAAGAGUACAAUAUCCGCCUCUGCGACUUCGGUAAAACAAGACCACUAGAGCAAUACGGAAAACUCAAACUGGAGGAUAAUGGUGGCUCGCCGCGCUAUAUGGCCCCGGAAUGCUUUGUGGAAGGCAAUUACGUUGAUCACAAGGUCGAUAUUUGGGGCCUUGCGUGCUGUCUAAUUGAAAUGCUAGGGGGCCCUAUACCUUUUGAGGACAUCCAUUCCAACGAAGGAGUAAUACAAGCACUUCUGUACAAGCACCGCCGCCCUAAUGUGCCCGCUUGGUUUCACCCAGCAGUCCGAGCAACGCUGGACACCUGCUUUAGUUGGAACCCGUGCGAACGUCCAGACACUAAGCACAUCAGAAGUGUAUUUGCCAAACUGACAGCAAGCGAGCUAAACAAAUAUGGCAUGAACCACAAGAGAACUUGCAAAUAA